GCUUCUCAGAAUAAUUUGCAAAUGAAAAUAAGAUUUAUGCAUACUCAAGAUCAGAACAAUCACCAAUUAAUAUGGUCACAUAAAACAACUAUGUAUACAAGCCUUGCUAUACAGCAUAUAAAGAAAUACUCAUAAUUAAGCUUGUACGGUACAUGGAAGAAUUGUCUUUUUGAUGAAAUUUUUUACCAACUAAAUGAUGAUCAUCUAUUUUUCAAAUGUAAAUAUACAAUAUAUUGAUUUCAAAAAUGGAAUACUGGCUCUCCAACGAUGCCAUCCAAAGCACGUAUCUCUACCUCCAUUCCAUUUGUUAAUUGCUUCAUCUAGAGCACAUUUCAACAAUUCCUUCAAAUUAUUCCCGCUGAUAUUUUCUAUUUUAAUCUAGGUUUGCUAUAUGAAAUUGCUUUCUAAUUUUCAUUAUAUUUUAAUACUAGGAAUCAUGUUUAACUGAGAACAUAACCUCUCAAUUAUGCAAGUAUAAAACAACAUGAGAGUAGAAUAUGGAUUGCUAUUUCCUUUGAAAGAAAUGAAAAGGGAUAUUAAAUGUUGUUUUAUGGAACUUUCUAAUUAUGCCUAUGUGAGGUUUGAUAAAAUGUUUAGGCUUUUUUUCUUCUUUUUUAAAAAACAGCCGUGAAAACUUUCCAAUUGAACCACAUUCACUAUAUUGGUUGGAAAUGUGAUAGUUUAGUGGCAAAAUCUAGCAUACACUACGACUUUAAUUUAUUCAGUCAUCAUGCACAGAAUUGAGCAGCUCCAAAAAUUAGGAGACAGCCCACCACUCCAGCUGUGAAGAAGCACUAGAGGACAAAAGACAGAUAAUAACAUACAAGAUGCCAACGGCAGGAACGCCGGCGGUCACCACUGCCACCGGCGGGCAUGAACCUCCUAACCCUCUAGGGGAAACGCAGCGAACCUCGACUAUGAUUUAUCCCCUUGAGGACAAGGGUACGGAAAAGGGUACGCGCAAUUUCGCUGCAACAACACCCCCAAUCAUCUUAUGAAAUCAUGUUCGAAGCUGAUACAGUUGCAAAUUCCCAGCUGGAUUCUCAACAGAAACUUUAUGAUUGUAGUACUAAACCACCCUCUAUGGUAAAACACAUGCCCCCUGCUCCACAUAAAUCUCCAAAUUCAUCAACAUGGGGUUCUGGUGGCAGAAAACUAUUUCUGAAAUGCUUCAAGACCAUAAAUGGUACAUGGGGGAAUCAGAUUCAGAAGAUGGUCUACCUAAAGAUGAUGAGGAAUAAGAUGAUUUGUUUGAGGAGGGAGACCCGAAGUGCCCCAAUAUUCACUUCAUAGCUCAACGGAAACAAAAAUAUCGAAAGGAGUACCAUCAGGAAGUAGUAAUCAAAGUUUUAGGGAGAUCCUUCCCGUUCCCAAUCCUAGCACGAAGAUUAGAAAUGAUUUGGGUCAAAGGAGGCAUUCUGCAAAUUUCUAAUCUAAGUACUUGUGGCUACUACCUUGUGAGGUUCACAACAAAGGGGGACUAUGUUAAUGCAAUUUCAGGUGGACCUUGGAUGAUUGGGGAGCAUUACAUUACCCUCCAUCAGUGGAGGAAGGGUUUGAACCUAAGAAACAACAAGAUUCUGACUACAGUGGCAUGGGUUCGGUUCCCAGGUUUCCCCAUUGAAUUUUUUCAUCCUGAAGCAAUUGAGCGAAUUACAAAUAAAAUUGGCAAACCAGUGCCGGUAGAUCAGGCGACUAAAAUAGGGGCUCGAGGAACAUAUGCACGGAUAAGGGUUAUUAGAGUUUAGGCAAAAGAUAGUGUUGAGGAAUUAAAACAACUUGUAUUGAAUCCAGUCAUACAAAGUGUU